AUGCAGCUGGCAAAAGAGUUGGCGGAAACACCAGAUCUGACUGCGAGUAGCGACGGGACUGGUCAUAAACAUAUCGAGUAUGUCUCGCGAGCUGUCAGUUAUAAAGUUGAUGGGAAUCAAAAAAUGCGUACACUUGGCAUUCAUUCGGCAAGUGACAAGAGCGCGCAAACACAAUUCAAUGGAUUGAAAGGACUGCUGGAUGAGUUUGCGGAGGUCUGGAACUCAAGUCCCUCUGCUAAGACGUCGAAACUAUUCUUCUACAAGGAGUCCUAUGCAGAGAAGUUGCGUGGAACAAGUGGUGACCAUGCCAAGGACGUCAAGAAGCAGCAUUUCGAUUUACUUCAAACAUGGAAGGACUCCGUUCGCGAUUCAAAGCUUGGCUGGCAGAAGAUUGUUCAAUUGCCGGCUGAAGAACUGACAGUGAUGCUUGGCAUGUUGAAGGAGAAGGUUAUUGACGAGCGUGGGGGUGUCGGUGUAUACAUGCACAUGUCGAUGGAUCAAGUGCGCGCAAUGGACAUGGAGAUUCUGCAGGCACUGGUCGUAGAACUGGGUGGAAAGGAAUACAACGCCUUGCCGGAAAGCGAGCAGCGAAAGCUUAGUCUCUUUGUUUGGGGCGGUUGUUGCAUGCACAAGGAUCUGAACACGAUCAAAGGUGGAGACAAAACGAUGCAGGCUUACUGGGAUACAAAUGGCCGUAUUCCACCAGUAACUUUGGCAAAUAAGGUCAAUGCGGCAAUUCUGGCAGAGGCGCAUGAUGAUUCCGAGAAAGUGGGACAAGGAGGUGCCCAUGGUCAAGGAUUUGAACGGAACUGGUCAAGAGGGUCAAAAGCAACGCCAAGAGGCCUUGAAGGCUACAAUUUUGCGAGCAAAUGGUCGUGA